CUUUCUUUUUUCGGUAUGCCGCUCCGCGAGCAAGGAAAGGAGAGAAACGAAAGAAGCAAGUGAGUUGUGGUAAUGUCAGAAUUUGCACCUAUUUGUAUCUAUUUAGUGAUCAGUCUGCUAGUUUCUUUGAUCCCACUCGGUCUUACUGUUCUUAAAAUGUCAAAAAAAUCUCGUAUUGGUAAGCACCUGUUGUAUUCAUUUCUACUCUUGUUGACCUUUCUUUCAAUGUGCUGUUUGCUUUGUCUGUAUCUAGAACAAAUGGACUUCUUCUAUCUUAACAUUUCAAAGGCGCUCAUCUCUCUGGGGUGUCGAGCCCUCUCCUUUGCUUUAUGGAAAUUGGGCCUGCCGGGGGGACUUGCCUGGUCCAUAGGUUUUGGGGCAAGGGUCCUCAUUACCAAAGAAGCGUCGGAUAUAAUGGGUCAUCAGAUGAUGCCCGCGGGGUCAGAUUCGAGUAACAGUGACUCGGAGAGUUGGAAGAAAUCUCUUCUGAAUUCACCUCAUCCCGAAGGUGAGGGUAAGGGAAAUAGCGAAGCCGAGCCCGCUUCGAGAACAAGGAGCUCUGAUCCCAGAGAGGACGUCGGGCCUUCUUCGGUAAGACGCCGAGUGGAUGCUCCCGAAACCUCAACCUCAUCCGGGUGGAGUGGCUCCUGGAUUGAAAGGUGGUUUAAUCAGGGGGAAACUUCCUCGGCCCCUGGCGACGGCCAACAACCGCAGGGGGAGGUGGAUCAACCAACAACCACUGCCAUGGGGGAGGAAGCCCCUGAUCCGACGUGGUUGAAAAUACACAUUGAGAGAAUCUUUUAUAUAAUAAAGGGAAGGAAACCCCAAAAGAGGGUUCUCGCCGAACUUUAUGAAGACCUUAAACUAGAAACUGCUUCCCCGCAGAAGCGGCUUCAAAUCAUGCAAAUUCUAGACCAGAUGAAAUUGGAUGGUAGGCUUAAGGGUAGAGAGUUCAAACUCAAUCUGGAAUUAGGUAACCGCAUCUACGAUUGGGAAAGGGAGCAAAGGCACUUCCCAAACCCCGUGGACGACAUACCAUAAUACUUUCUUUCUGGUUGAUUCCAUUCUAGAGUCACUAAGGGAAAUGACUCUCGAUUGAGAUAAA